GAGAUCCGGUCAGGGUCGUUCGUGAAAAGCUCCUUGUUUUAAGUGUUACGGGCUACAUCAGACGCUGACUGGCUUUUCAUGGCAUUUGAGUGCCAAGAGAGACUUGAAGCUGUAAACGAACAAAGAAGUGAGUCCGAUACUCUGAAUUUGAGAAUAGAAAAUGGAUCUGUUGAGAUUCCAAGUGUGAAGUUGUCUUGUCAGCAAAAGAAGGGAACUUUGGUGCCUAGUGGAUCGAAACAGUUGCUCUCUGACAAGGAUUUGUCUACUACCAUUAUUGAUUUGCCUCAGGCAUUGAUAUCUGAGAUUCUUAAUUGUCUUGACCCAAAGGAGUUAGGUUUAGUGUCCUGUGUUUCAACUUGUCUGCAUAGGUUAGCAUCUGAGCAUCACGCUUGGAAGGAGUUCUAUCGUGAGAGAUGGGGACUCCCCGUUGUUUUCGGAGCUACAAGUUCAGGGCUUUCUGAUGAGAGAUCAUGGAAAGAGCUGUUUGCUGAAAGGGAAUUUAGGAGUAGGAACUUUUUAGGACGUUAUAGUAUUGAUACUCUGUAUGGUCACACUGAAGCAGUCCGGAUUGUUUUUCUCUUAGCUUCUGCCAAGCUCGUUUUCACUUCUGGAUAUGAUUCCAUUGUUCGGAUGUGGGACAUGGAAGAAGGUUUGUCUAUUGCAGCAUCUAAACCUCUCGGUUGCACAAUUAGGGCACUUGCCGCUGAUACAAAGCUGUUGGUAGCUGGCGGUACUGAUGGAUUUAUACAUUGCUGGAAAUCACUGGAUGGUCUCCGGAACCUGUUUGAUCUCACAGGUUUUCAGAAAGAGAAGACCGACUUUCGGCUAUGGGGACACGAGGGUCCUAUUACAUCUCUUGCCCUGGACAUGACAAGUAUCUUUAGCGGUUCAUGGGACAUGUCUGUUCGUAUAUGGGAUCGAUCUUCAAUGAAGUGUGUCAAAACCUUGAGGCAUAGUGAUUGGGUUUGGGGCCUUGCACCUCAUGAAACCAGCCUCGCUAGCACGUCAGGUUCCGAUGUAUAUAUUUGGGACAUUGACCGUGAGACUCCACUGACGAUCAUACCUGAUGCUCAUGAGGGUACCACUUACUCUUUGGCAAGAAGCCAUACUGGGGAUUUCCUGUUUACUGGCGGAGAAGAUGGAGGGAUUAAAAUGUUUGAGAUCAGAAGAUACGGUAGUGAAACAAGCGUUGUACUCAUAUCUCAAUGGAUGCCCCACACUAGUCCUGUCUACUCUCUUUCUUUUGAGUUUCCCUGGCUUGUCUCAGCAUCUGGUGAUGGUAAACUCGCACUUAUCGACGUUAGGAAGUUGUUGAAGACUAACCGUCGUGCCUAUUCCAAAAGGUUUUCUUCGAGUACUGUGGAACCGCCGCAAAGAAUGCUGCACGGGUUCGGGUCAAACUUGUUCUCUGUGGACGUGGGUUGUGACCGUAUAGUGUGUGGAGGUGAAGAAGGAAUAGUCCGGAUAUGGAACUUCACACAAGCGCUGGAGAUAGAGCGAAGGACUCAAGCCCUUAAAGGAAUGAGGCUUGAGAACAGGAUGAGACGAAGGAGAAUGCAAAUGGAGAUGAAUGCAAAGAGUGGAAGGCCUGACCAAUGCUCCGUUGCUGCUCAUAAGAACCCCAUCAAUGGAGAUAGGAACCGAGCCUGGCAUAGUAAACGAAGAGCAAGUGGAAAGGCAAAGGCCUAAGCAAUGUGAUCCGAUUUAUCUUUGAUACAUUCAGCAAAUCGAUUUUAUAACCUUGGCACAUACUGGCUUUUAACCUAUCAGGAGUUAGGUCUUGUGAUUGGUGGAAAAUGAGAAAAAUUGGCUUUUAGCAUUACUUGUUUUAUUCAUAUGUUUUGGAAGCUUUUAGUAUGAAAAAUGCAAACGAAGCUUCACUAACUUUUCUAACUGAAUUUCAAAAUCUUACAAUACAACAAACGUAUUAAC